AUGAGUGCAAGGCAGGAGCCUUAUUACACGCGCGGUCGGAGUGACCUCCAAGCGCCUCCUCCACCACCACCAAUAACGCCAUCCGUCUACAAUAUAAUCCCAAUCCAUGACCUACUAACGGACCACCCGUCUCUCCGGUACCCGGAGGUCCGAGCAGCCGCCGCCGCCCUCCGCACAGUUGGUGACCUCCGUAAACCACCGUAUGUAACAUGGGACCCGCACUGGGACUUGAUGGACUGGCUAGGUGUCUUCUUUGGGUUUCAGAAAGACAACGUCAGGAACCAAAGAGAACACUUGGUGCUUCAGUUAGCAAACUCCCAAAUGCAGCUUGAGAAGCCGCCGUCUAUCCCUGACGCUCUCGACGCCACCGUACUCCGCCGUUUUCGGAGGAAGUUGUUGGGGAAUUACACUUCUUGGUGUUCUUAUUUGGGGAAGAAGUCGGAGGUGAUUCUACCAAAAGUUAGCAAUGAUCAUAGUCUUCGCCGUGAAUUGCUUUAUGUUGGGCUUUUUCUCCUUGUUUGGGGAGAAUCUGCGAAUCUUCGGUUCACGCCGGAGUGUGUUUGCUAUAUUUAUCAUCAUAUGGCAAUGGAAUUGAAUAAAGUUCUUGAUGAUUGGACAGACCCCAGUACAGGUGGGCAUUUUUUGCCUUCGAUUUCUGGUGAUUGUGCGUUUUUGAACUGUAUUGUUGUGCCCUUUUAUGAAACUAUUAAGGCUGAGGUUGAGAGUAGUAGAAAUGGGAGUAAGCCGCAUUCCGCUUGGAGGAAUUAUGAUGAUAUAAAUGAGUAUUUUUGGAGUAGGAGGUGUUUUAAGAAGUUAAAAUGGCCUAUUAAUUUAGAUAGUAAUUUUUUCGCAAAGGUUAAGAAAAGCAGGAGAGUUGGCAAGACAGGGUUUGUGGAGCAGAGGUCAUUUUGGAAUGUGUUUAGGAGUUUCGAUAAGCUUUGGGUUUUGUUGAUUUUGUUUUUCCAAGCUAGUUUGAUUGUUGCUUGGGCGAGGACUAAACACCCAUGGCAGGCGUUGGAGAGGCGGGAUGUGCAGGUUGAGUUGUUGACUUGUUUUAUCACUUGGGCUGGUCUUAGGUUUGUGCAGUCGGUGCUAGACGCGGGGACACAAUAUAGCUUGGUUUCGAGGGAGACGCUGUUGUUGGGGGUGAGGAUGGGGUUGAAAAGCAUGGUUGCUUUGACGUGGACCAUUGUGUUUGGGGUCUUUUAUGGGAGGAUUUGGAGUGCAAAGAAUUCUGCUGGGUUUUGGUCUCCUGAGGCAGACAGGAGAAUAGUGACAUUUCUUGGGGCUGCCUUUGUGUUUGCUAUCCCUGAGUUGCUGGCAUUGCUUUUUUUGCACUUCCUUGGAUUAGGAAUGCCCUUGAAGAACUGGAUUGGAGUAUUUUGUAUGUGUUCACUUGGUGGUUUCACACUCGGAUUUUUCUAUUUCUUUCAAAUCCAGCCACUGGUUGCCCCAACAAAGGCUCUUUUGGAUCUCGGGCGCAUGUCGUACAAUUGGCAUGAGUUUUUCAGUAGCAGUAACAGAAUUGCAGUUGUGCUGCUGUGGCUCCCAGUUGUUCUAAUUUAUUUUAUGGAUUUACAGAUCUGGUAUGCUAUUUUCUCUUCGAUUGUUGGUGCAACAAUUGGGCUGUUUUCCCACUUGGGUGAGAUCAGGAAUGUUGAACAGCUUAGGCUUAGGUUUCAGUUCUUUGCCAGUGCUAUGCAAUUUAAUCUUAUGCCAGAAGAACAAUUGCUAAGUCCUAAGAUGACCCUGGUGAAGAAGCUCCGUGAUGCAAUCCACAGAUUAAAGCUAAGAUAUGGACUUGGUCAGCCUUACAAAAAGAUUGAAUCAAGCCAAGUGGAGGCAACUAGAUUUGCCUUGAUAUGGAAUGAGAUUAUGACAACUUUUCGGGAAGAAGAUCUCAUCAGUGAUCGGGAAUUUGAACUCUUAGAACUGCCACCUAAUUGUUGGAACAUUAGGGUUAUUCGCUGGCCUUGCAUCUUACUCUGCAAUGAGUUGCUGCUUGCAUUGAGUCAGGCAGAAGAGCUGGCCAAUGCACCUGAUCGGUGGAUUUGGUUGAAGGUAAGCCAAAGUGAGUACAGGCGGUGUGCUAUAAUUGAAGCAUAUGAUAGCAUCAAGUAUUUGCUUCUUGAGGUUGUCAAACCUGGCACAGAAGAGAGUUUCAUCGUUGGAAAUUUCUUUAAAGAAGUGGAUGAGAAGAUACAGUCUGAGAUAUUUUCUGAGUCUUACAAGAUGAAUAGACUGCCAGACAUUCAUCCAAAGUUAAUAUCACUUGUUGAUCUUCUGAUGAGACCGGGGGAAGAUCUUAGCAAAGCAGUUAGCAAAGCAGUGAAUAUAUUGCAGGCUUUGUAUGAGAUUUGUGUUCGAGAAUUUCCAAGAGAAAAGAGGAACACCGGGGAAUUGAUUCGAGAUGGUCUGGCCCCUCAUAGUCCAGCUACCAAUGAAGGGUUGCUCUUUGUGAAUGCCGUUGAGUUUCCUGAUGCUGAAGAUGAGUUCUUCAACAGGCAGGUACGGCGUUUGCACACAAUUCUUACUUCUAGAGACGCAAUGCAUGAUGUCCCAAAAAGUAUUGAGGCAAGACGACGUAUUGCCUUCUUUAGCAACUCCCUCUUCAUGAACAUGCCACAUGCUCCCAAUGUUGAGAAAAUGAUGGCUUUCAGUGUUCUGACCCCUUACUAUGAUGAAGAAGUGUGCUUUGGCAAAGAAAACCUUCGACGCCCAAAUGAAGAUGGCAUUUCCACAAUCUUUUAUCUGCAAAAAAUCUAUGAAGAUGAGUGGAAUAAUUUUAUGGAACGCAUGCAUAGAGAGGGUCUAGAGGAUGACGAGGAAAUCUGGGAUAAGAAGUCUAGGGAUCUCCGACUUUGGGCUUCAUACAGAGGCCAGACGUUAUCCCGCACUGUGAGGGGAAUGAUGUAUUAUUAUCGAGCACUUAAGACACUUUCCUACUUAGAUUCGGCAUCUGAGAUGGAUAUAAGGAUGGGCACACAAGAACUCGCCUCUCAUCAUUCAUUGAGGAACAGCCGUGGUUUGGAUGGUCUUAAUUCAGUCAAGCCACCAUCUGUACGUAAACUAAGCAAAGCUAGCAGCAAUGUCAGUCUUUUAUUUAAAGGGCAUGAGUAUGGGAGUGCUCUGAUGAAAUUCACAUACGUAGUCACCUGCCAGUUGUAUGGGCAGCAAAAGGCAAAGCCAGACCCACGUGCUGAAGAGAUUCUGUAUCUCAUGAAAAACAACGAGGCCCUUCGAGUUGCUUAUGUUGAUGAGGUUCGCUUGGGGAGGGAUGAAGUGGAGUAUUAUUCAGUUCUUGUGAAGUAUGAUCAGCAGCUGCAGAGGGAAGUGGAGAUCUAUCGGAUCAAAUUACCUGGUUCCAUAAAGAUUGGAGAAGGAAAACCUGAAAAUCAGAACCAUGCUAUAAUCUUUACUCGGGGCGAGGCACUCCAGACCAUUGACAUGAACCAAGAUAAUUAUUUUGAAGAGGCACUAAAGAUGCGAAAUUUGCUGGAGGAAUUUAAAGCCUAUUAUGGUAUCAGGAAACCAACCAUUUUAGGAGUCCGUGAGAAUAUCUUCACUGGUUCAGUGUCCUCACUUGCUUGGUUCAUGUCUGCGCAGGAAAUGAGUUUUGUGACCCUGGGGCAGCGUGUUCUUGCAAACCCUUUGAAGGUGCGAAUGCAUUAUGGUCACCCAGAUGUGUUUGAUAGGUUCUGGUUCUUGCCUAAAGGUGGAAUCAGCAAGGCUUCCAAAGUUAUCAAUAUCAGUGAAGAUAUAUUUGCUGGCUUCAAUUGCACACUUCGAGGUGGCAAUGUGACACACCAUGAGUAUAUACAGGUAGGCAAGGGAAGGGAUGUUGGAUUGAAUCAGAUUUCAAUGUUUGAGGCAAAGGUUGCAAGUGGCAAUGGUGAGCAGGUUUUGAGCAGGGAUGUAUACCGGUUGGGUCACAGAUUGGACUUCUUCCGAAUGCUUUCUUUUUACUACUCAACUGUUGGGUUUUACUUCAGCACAAUGAUUGUGGUCCUGACUGUUUACACAUUUUUAUGGGGUCGCCUUUAUUUUGCUCUCAGUGGCGUUGAGCAAUAUGCCCUGAACCAUAGUAACAACAACAAGGCUCUUGGCACAAUUCUGAACCAGCAGUUCAUUAUCCAGCUUGGACUCUUCACUGCCCUGCCAAUGAUCGUGGAGAAUACCCUUGAGCAUGGAUUCCUUCCUGCAGUUUGGGACUUUCUGACAAUGCAGUUGCAGCUAGCAUCUCUUUUUUACACCUUCUCCUUGGGAACUCGUUCCCAUUUCUUUGGUCGGACUAUUCUUCAUGGGGGUGCCAAAUACCGAGCGACGGGACGUGGUUUUGUAGUGCAGCACAAGAGCUUUGCUGAGAACUAUAGACUCUAUGCACGAAGCCAUUUUGUGAAGGCAGUUGAGCUUGGAGUCAUUCUAACAGUUUAUGCUGCCAACAGCCCAUUAGCUCGGAAUACUUUUGUUUACAUUGCCAUGACAAUAUCUAGCUGGUUCCUUGUGAUUUCAUGGAUGAUGGCCCCCUUUGUGUUCAAUCCUUCUGGUUUUGACUGGCUAAAGACUGUCUAUGACUUUGAAGAUUUUAUCAAUUGGUUAUGGUAUAGUGGUGGGAUGUUCACAAAAGCAGAGCAAAGCUGGGAAGCAUGGUGGUAUGAGGAACAGAGCCAUCUGAAAACGACUGGUCUUUGGGGGAAGCUAUUGGAGAUUAUUUUAGAUCUACGUUUCUUCUUCUUCCAAUAUGGUGUUGUAUACCAUCUUAACAUUACUGGCGGAAACACCAGUGUAGCUGUUUACUUGCUAUCUUGGAUAUACAUGGUUGUAGCAGUUGGGAUUUACGUGAUCAUUGCAUAUGCCCACGACAAAUUUGCAGCUAAGGAGCACAUCAAAUAUCGGCUAACUCAGCUUAUAGUCAUUGUGCUUACAGUACUUGUGGUUGUUUUAUUGCUGAAGUUCACAAAUUUAAUAGUUCUUGAUCUCGUGAGUAGCCUUUUGGCAUUUAUUCCAACGGGGUGGGGCCUUAUAUCCAUUGCCCAGGUCCUUAGACCGUUUCUGGAGUCCACUGUUGUGUGGGACACUGUGGUGUCCUUGGCUCGGCUGUAUGAUUUGCUGUUUGGAGUAAUUGUUAUGGCUCCUGUUGCAUUGCUGUCUUGGUUGCCUGGAUUCCAGUCAAUGCAGACAAGGAUCCUAUUUAACGAGGCAUUUAGCCGUGGCCUCCAGAUAUCUCGAAUCCUUACUGGCAAAAAGUCGAACUGA